UGCCGUAUGCAGAAUGGGAUUGCGCUUGAUCAAGGCGGGGGCUUCGGGCGGGCGGUUCCCUAAAAUCCCAUCGAUAAUUCCGGGCAUAUAAGGAGGGUUGUUGACCCUUCGUUUUGCCAUCUUUCCCUGACAUUGCAGAGUACCGCCGACUGCUUUCCUCUCUCUGUCGUUCCAAAAUGAGCGCACUUUUGGGUUCAGCCCUACUAUUGCUCUUGGGAGCGAGCACACCUGUUGCCGCAGGCUCUCUCAAAGAUAUCGAGCAUGUUGUCAUAUUCAUGCAAGAAAACCGAUCAUGGAACAAUUACUUUGGCACCAUGGCCGGCGUGAGAGGCUUCAAUGACCCCAACGUCCAGGUCAACUCGGAUGGCAAACCUGUUUGGUACCAAACCGUAACCUCUGAGAUGUCUACGUCCGCCGAUACGCUGCUCCCAUGGUAUCUAGGUUACAAGAACAGCACCUACUGGACCAACGCGAUCCAGUGCAUGGUAGCCGGAGACAACGGCUACACAGACAAUCAGGCAGCUCUCAACCACGAACUGAACAACAUGUGGGCGCGCAAUAACACCCCAUGGAGCUGGGGAUACUUUAAGCGCAACGAUAUCCCAGUGCAUUUUGCCAUUGCCGAAGGUUGGACCGCCGGCGACAUGUACCAGGAGGGACAAAUUACUUCCACGAACCCCAAUCGAGUCACCUUGGUGAGUGGCUCCGUCAACGUUCCCGGCGGCCCGCAGAGCGCCGAUCAAGGCGGACCUUACCUCGAUAACAACGAAACCCCAGGAUGUGAGGACAAUGACAUCAGCUGCUAUCCUAUCAAAUGGAAAACCAUCUACGAGAUCUAUGAGGAAGCAGGUGUCUCCUGGCAGGUUUAUCAAGAUACGGACAACUUUGAUGACAACCCAUUGGCAUGGUUCGAACAGUACCAGAAUGCUUCCAGCGAUUCCCCUCUGGCCAAGAAGGGGUUGGCAUACCUGGGGCUAGAGGGAUUCUACGAAGCCGCUGCCAACGGCACCCUACCUGAAGUCAGUUUCAUCGUUGGUCCCGCUGAGCUCUCGGAGCAUCCCCCCUAUAUGCCCAAGGACGGCGCAUGGCUGCAGAAGAAGGUCGUCGAUGCCGUUACCAGCAGUCCUAAAUACUCAUCCACCCUCCUCAUCGUCAGCUACGAUGAGACCGGAGGUUGGGGUGACCAUGUCACUCCUUUCCACUCCCCCGAAGAUACUGCAGGCGAAUGGAUGGAGGAUCCGUACGGCCUUUUCGGCAAGAUCUUCGUGGGGCCUGGCUUCCGCGUGCCUUUCUACAUGGUCUCCCCUUGGACGCGGGGUGGCCGUGUGUUCACCGAGCGGGCCGACCACAACUCCCAGAUCCUCUUCCUCGAACAAUGGCUCGAGGCCCGUGGCUAUAAGGAUGUUCGCACCCCGGAAAUGGUUCAUUGGCGUCGCGAGCACAUGUCGAACCUCGUGAAUGCUCUCGACCUCGACCAUCCUGAUACCAGCCUGCCGGUGAUCCCUGCGGCCGAGCAGCCUGACACCGCCGGUGGUAAAUGGACCGGUACCUCCAACUGCGAGGCGACCUACGCCGUGCGACGACCUCCCGUGCCUUACGGUCAACAAGACGAAACCGACGCCCUGUUCUUCGAGGAGGGAUACAAGGAGGUUGUCGGCGAUUUGACCGAGGGUCGCUACCUUGUCUUUGAGCACAAGAACAAGGCCCUUGCAAAUACUGGCAAAAAGACCAAGAUCAGCAGGACCCCAGCAACCGCUGGUCACCGCGACAAGCAACAGCGGUGGGUGAUCCACUACACCAAGGAUGAAGAGAGCCAGAUUUUCCAAAUCUCAAGUGCCCUCGAUGGCAAGUGGAUUGGCCCCCGCGAAACCCUCGUCUCCUCUCGCGCGGAGGCAGCCAACAUCAAGAUUACCUUCCGGGGCAACGGUAAGGGAUAUCGUCUCCAGUAUGUUGACGGGCCUAAUGUGGGUGCCACGGAGGAAUACACGGUCUGGAGUGUGAGUUAUCAUAAUUAAUCGGGUGGAGUUGGCACCCCUGACAAUGUUUGUAUCUCCAUAACGUGUCUCGAUGCCUGGAUGCUUGAAGAGCCCACAAUGAUUUAAUGCCUCAGGCUGCAAUUACUCAGAUUUGUCAUCAUGUGAUAUAUCUGACAUAAUCAUGGCGACUGCUGAUGUAAUCUCUUCCUAUUCCGGAACAUGCAAACAUGUCAAACACUCCAGAUUUUAUAUAAAACAUCCAUUCAGUGAUCAAGUCAA